AUGGUAGUAUCGUCCUCCGGUCUGCAGCAUGAAAUCGAAUUCUGCAUACAAGAAAUGGAACGUCUAAAGGUUACGGAGUUGAAAUCAGUGUCUCGAUCUAUUGGACUUCCACUGGGUGGAAGAAAAGCUGAUCUUCAGGAUAGACUUCGCUCAUAUCUUAAUGGCUCAUGUCGAGGUAACUCCAUUGACCCAUGGCGGCCCAAAACUAUACUGCUGCUGAUGGACAAAGUUCGUCAAAAUGAUGCCCUCCCGACUUAUGAAUCUCUGUGGCUAGGUCUCAAGACUGGAAGCUUACAACACAAUCCAGUGGCAACUGGACACCAACCCCCUAGCUCUCUGGGAACCUCUUCACAUGGAACGCAUACCAAAGUCGAGCAACAAGUGCCCAAAACCCGUUUUGCACUUCAAUUUGGGCAAUCACCGUUUUAUAGACUCAAGAGAAUGCUUAACGGUAGUCCCAAAUUUGCACCAAAAAAUGGCGGCAGGGGUGUUUGCUCCUAUUAUUUUACUUUUAACAGAGAAGAAGCCGCCAUCAUGGGAUGCGAAGGUUGGGGCACUCAGUUCAAAUUAUAUCUUUUCUGUGGAGUGCUUCCUCCCGUGGUCGACACCAGUGUACCCAGCCCAAUUCAGUUUCCCCAUCCUAAUGACAUAACUUUCAAUGGCAUUACGGUGAAGGAUAAUGUACGAGGUUUGAAAAAUAAACCUGGAACAGCAAAACCGGCAGACCUAACACCUUACGUUAGAGCAUCAAGCGAAAACCACUUACAGUUGACGUAUGCAUUCACAAAAGAGGACUAUUUGGUAUGCUGCUAUAUAGUGGAAGUAUUUCCACCACAAGAGAUUUUGAAGGAAGUACUUCGCCAUCCCAAAAUCGUCAAACCUGCCACUCUCCAAUAUCUGAGAGAAUCCCUAAGCGAGGACGAAGACGAGGAUUUGGUAACCACUUCCACAAUAAUGACAUUACAGUGCCCCAUUUCAUACUGCCGCAUGCGAUAUCCUUCGAAAUCUGUUCAUUGCAGGCAUCUCCAAUGCUUUGACGCUUUAUGGUACAUCGAAUCACAACAACAAAUACCUACGUGGCACUGCCCUGUGUGUCAAAAGACUGUCAAGGUUGAGGACCUUGUAUUAUGUGAAUUUGUCGAAAGUAUUAUUGCAGAGUGUGAUGACGAAGUUGAACAAGUAGAGAUAUCAAAAGAUGGUUCAUGGAAACCCAUCUUCGAGGAUGAGACGCCAGCACCCCGAGAACAGAGCAAAGUUCAUGUCAAGUCCGAAAAUGGACGAGGCUUGGGGUCAGACGAUAAUAACAUGUCGGAUGAAGAUGGCAACGAACCUAUCCCAGCAGGACGUGCUAGAACGCAACAAACUGAUCCUGUGGUCAUAUCUCUUGAUAGCGAAGACGAAGAUGAGGGGCCGGUACGAAAUGGUCCUGCUCAAAACUCAGGUACAGACUCUCUCUCAACUUCCUCUACAGUCGCUCCGCAGGCAACGGCUGAGGGGCAAAGUGACCACCAAAUGCCACGAGAUAAUACACUAGGUAAUAUCUACAGCACCUAUAUGGAUUCUACCUCAGAGCCGCUUCCAACAUUGGACCCAAGACGUACAAAUUCAACUCCACUAGGAAGUAACCAUGCGUCAUCAACUGCUCUUUCUCCUGGUGAGACUAAUGAGCCAGAUAGUGCCGUUUUCUUCCAUCGUCAACGCUCAGUGCCGAAUGUUUUAGGCAGAACACCAUUAAGGAACGCGAGCCACGGUGAUGGCGACAGCGAGUAUCAGAAUAGCGUUGAAAGCAGAGCUAAUAACUCUUUAUCACCCAGUCCGACAAAUAAUACCUCGUUGCUUCCUGGCUUAACAAACCCAGAGCUUAGUGUUCCCGCAAGAAAUGAGCACGCCAGCGAAGCUUCAGAUUCUGGAGAGGCACCGGCCAACGGCAACAGAAAUCAUCAAGGUAUUGUUAGCUCUUCUGGAUAUCAGCCAGCUGCUGCUCAUAAUUACCCUUCUCUGUUUGAAAAGAGCACAUCCGAAGGCGGUAAUUUGCUCGGGUUAGGCAAUGGCACUGGUGUAACGGCUCCACAGCAACAAAAAAACAGCGAAAACUACAACGUUCCGCCAUCAAACAAUGAAAACUCCCAAAAUGAUAAUAACUUACCCAAUAAUCCAGGACGUCAGGAAUACCAUACCUCUCAACCACAGACACGAGGCAGUUUAUUCACUAGGCCUGAUUCAGGCCUAUACCAAAAUUCGCAUGCUGAUACUGGUCAUGAUUCAAAUUCGCAACGCUCGACGGCGCGUCCACCGCUUCCACCGCUACCACCUGUACCACAAUCCAUAAACAGGAAUUUGAAUACGACAAAACCCACUGACUCGUCAUCCAUGCGUCACAGGAAGCCAAUUGUUUCUCCUUUCAUACCCAAAAGAAGUUACGCAAACAUGCUUCCGCAGAAACGUCAAAUAUCAACCGAUUCAGCAAAUAAAUCAACCACGUCUGUUGGACACAAUAGUACUUCAAAUCUGUCUACAUCGCGUGCGGACAGUGCCUCGGGAUCCGUCUCUCCACCUCCACCUAUUUUACAUCGCUCCGAUGAUAAUGAGCUGGACUUCAUUGAUCUGACUUCGGACGAGUAG